AUGAUAACGGAUUACCUACGUUUUAACACAACAACUAUAUUAUGUGUGAUUGUACCUUUAAUCUACAUUAUUUAUUAUCGAAUAUUUCGUUAUUUUAUUUUCGAUCAACGAAAAAAAGUAACUAAGGGUAAAACUUCAAGAGGCAAAUGUCCACCAUUUUUUCCAAAUGGAUGGUAUUGGAUUAUAAAUUCAUGUGAUCUUAAACCAGGUGAUGUUAAACCAAUCUCAUAUUGUGGAAGAAAUGUUGUUUUAUUUCGAGGUAAAAAUGGUAAUCCCUAUGUUCUUGAUGCUUAUUGUGCACAUAUGGGUGCACAUUUAGGUGAGGGUGGUAAAGUACGUUAUAAUACAUGUAUUGAAUGUCCAUUUCAUGGAUGGACAUUCGAUGGUGAAACAGGUAAUUGUAUUUUACCAAGUGGCGAAAAUAAAAUAAAUCGUGUUGCUGAUAAAUUCGAAUAUCAUGACAUUGAAAAAUGUACACCAAAACCAGAUUGUAGCGAUAAAAAUAAUUUAUAUUUACACCAAAUUGCCGAACAUAAAGAAGUUAAGAUUAAAAAAUACACGGUUAGAGAAAUAAAUGGAUCUGUUUUUGUAUGGUAUCAUUCUGAUGAUAAACUACGAGAAAGUCCUACAUAUGAAUUAUUUGAUCUUACAAAUGAAUUAAAAAUAUAUAAUAUGGAAGGACGUGGUGAAUCAAUUAAUUAUGUUAAUUGCCAUGUUCAAGAAAUUCCUGAAAAUGGAGCAGAUUUUCGUCAUUUUGAUUUUUUACAUCAAUCGAUUCUUGAUAUUAUAUUUCCAUUUAUUAAAUUUGAUUGGUCCAUGACAUCCGAACGAGCAUCACAUCCACAAUUAAAUGAAAUAAUGACUCAUCCAAAUCCUGAAGUAAAUGCAUAUAAAAUGCGUCUUUUAAAAACAUUCAUUAAUGAUUCCAAUCGUGAUUUAGUAAAUGUAAUAUCAUUAAAUAGUUAUAUACAAUUUUUUGGUAAACAUAGACUUUUUGUUUUUAAUGCAACUGGUUUUCAAUUAGGACCAUCAAUUGUUUAUUUAUUUUUAUGGUCACCAUAUUUUCAAGCAACAUUUUUUCAAACAGUAACACCAUUAGAAAAAUUUAAUCAACGUAUUAUGCAUCGUAUAUUUUCAACCAAACCACUUCCAUAUUGGUUAACAGCAUUAAUGCUUUUAGGUGAAGUUAAACAAAUAUUUUCUGAUAUGAACAUAUGGAAUAAUAAAAUAUUUGGUUCACAAUUAAAUUAUAAUAUGAAAAAUGAUGCUGAUAAAUCUCUUCAUGCAUGGAGAAAUUGGUAUGCACAAUUUUAUGAAGGAUGUUAUGAAUAUGAAAAUAAGACACUUUUAUGGUAA